UAUUCCAAACAUCAGAAUAGAAGAGUGAUACGGAACCAACUUUGGGGAACUUUACUCCCACGUUGCCAAUUGAUUUGGGAUGAAUGUACAAAUCAUUCCAACAUCCCAAGCUAACCAACUCUUCACCUCCCAAGAGUAGAUAAGAGAAGUCUAUAAACAAGAUCAACUACUAUAAGAGUAUAAGUCCCACAUUAGAACACUCUAGAUAUCCCCAAGCUAUUCAUCAAUGGAGGUAAUCACCAUGUCCCACGCCAUGCAACUCCAUGCACAAGUACUCAAAUCAGGCGCACAACCCCACCAUCAAAACUACAGCAAACUCUUCACUUUCUCUGCUCUUUCUCCUUCAGGUGACCUCAGCUAUGCGCGCCUAAUCCUCAACAAUCUUCAAACCCCAAACUCUUACUACUGGAACACUAUGGUUCGAGCUUACUGCGAAACGCCAGACCCUCAUCAAUCUAUCUUUCUCUUCCUUGCAAUGCACAUGGAACAACCUCAUGGCGUCGCGCCGAAGCCCGACAAGUUUACUUACCCUUUUGUUGCUAAGGCUUGUGGGAGACUAAGAGAUACCCAGUUGGGAAAACAAUUUCAUUGUUUGAUUUGUAAAUUGGGGUUUUGGUCUGAUAGAUAUGUUUGCAAUUCUUUGAUUCAUAUGUAUGCGAAAUGUAAUGAUUUGGGGUGUGCACGUAAGGUGUUUGAUAAUAUGCCUGAGAGAGAUGUUGUUACUUGGACGUCUAUUAUUGAUGGGCUUGUUGAUAAUGGUAGAGCUGUCGAAGCGAUUAAGCUAUUUGAGGAGAUGGUGGGUUCUGGAGUGGAGCCUAAUGAUGCGACUGUCGUGUCGGUUUUGAGGGCUUGUGCUGAGGCAGGGGCGUUGGAGGUUGGGAGAAGAGUUCAUAGGAUUAUUGAUGAACAAGGUCUUGGUUUCAGGGCUAAUGUUAGUACUGGUUUGAUUGAUAUGUAUUCCAAGUGUGGUUGUAUUGAUAGUGCUAGGAAAGUGUUCGACAAGGUUUUUGAUAAGGAUGUGUGUGCUUGGACUGCCAUGAUUCAUGGCCUUGCUAGUCAUGGUAUGAGUAAGGAGGCUGUUGAUUCUUUUGAAGAAAUGAAAAUUUCUGGUGUAACUCCUGAUGAGCGGACCAUGACUGCUGUUCUAGCAGCAUGUAGGAAUGUGGGCUGGGUGACUGAAGCUUAUCGUUACUUUAAGGAUAUGAGAAAGAAAUAUGGAAUCAAACCUAACCUUCAGCAUCAUGGAUGUAUAGUAGACCUUUAUGCACGAUCAGGACAGUUGAAAGAGGCUGAAGAUUUUAUCAGGAAGAUGGUGAUUCAGCCGGAUGCAGUUUUAUGGAGAACUGUCAUAUGGGCGUGUAAAAUUCAUGGAGAUACUGAUCGUGCAGAGCGUUUGAUAAAGGAAAUAAACAUAGAAUUAGAUGACUGUGGGAGUUAUGUUCUUGUCAGUAAUAUUUAUGCCUCGGCUGGAAAAUGGCAUGAUAAGGCAAUGUGUAGGGAAACAAUGAGUAGACAAGGGCUUGUGAAACAGCCUGGUUCAAGUAAGAUUGAGGAUGAUGGUAGUGUUCAUGAGUUCACUGCAGGAGAUUCGAGUCACAUUGAAGCACAUAAUAUUUAUCAGAAGUUGGAAGAUAUGAAAAGGAGGUUGAGCGAAGAAGGGUAUAAACCUGAACUUUCAGAGGUCUUGCUUGAAGUUGAUGAUGAAGAGAAGGCUUUCCAAUUGCUUCAUCACAGCGAGAAACUUGCUGUUGCCUUUGGAAUGAUGAAGAUGAAACCAGGUUCCCAAAUUAGAAUCGUAAAGAAUUUACGAUCCUGUGAAGACUGUCAUUCUUUUAUGAAAUUGGUUUCUAGAGUAUAUGAGAGGGAGAUAAUAGUGAGGGAUCGCAUUCGUUUCCAUCAUUUCAGAAAUGGGGACUGUUCCUGUGGAGAUUACUGGUGAGCAGAUCUCCAGUUAAUCCCUUCCCCUACUCUCUCCUUUUGUUGCUGCAGUGCUGGUGCUAGGUCUUUGUUAGGCAUUGCCCGUUGAAAUUUAGGAUGCUUGUAUUUAGUCUUUGGAAAAGUUGAGAAAAGGCGGAGGCGGAGGCGGCUCCUGAAAGAUCUAAUCAUAUUAGUUCAUACUUACAUACAGGAAUGACUUAUUUCUUGAGAGAGCUUGUCUAUUUAACAUUGAUACAACAUCAAGUGUUCCAUAUAUCCGUUUGGUUCCAGGGGUGCAAAUGAGUCGAGACUCUCAAUAAAAUUCAUUUAUGUUCGUUUAUUUAAUAAAUGAGCCGAGCUUGAACAA